AUGUCUUUCCUUCAUAAUCAUUCUUGCGAGUGCGUUAAGUCAGAAUUGGAUUUGUUUGCACUACCGUCUACACAAACUAGCAUUGAAAAUGGAUUGUGGAUUCAUUAUAAACCAAUUUCAUCUCUUGGUGAUGAUGGACCUAUCGAGUUUCAAGUUCCUGGGACCGGCGAUGACUACAUAGAUUUGUCUCAUACAUUACUCCACAUAAAGGCAAAAGUAUUAAAUCAAGAUUCAACUAACUUGGUAUCUACUACAAUAGUAGCACCUGUAAAUAAUUGGCUGCAUUCACUUUUUAGUCAACUUGAUGUUUAUUUAAACCAAAAACUUGUAUCACCACCUAAUAAUACCUAUGCAUAUCGAGCAUACAUGGAAACCCUUUUAAACUAUGCCCCUGCUGCUAAACAAUCUCAUCUUACUUGUAGUCUUUGGUAUGAGGAUACAGCAGGAAAAAUGGAUUCUACAGAUGGUAAAAACAUAGGAUUUGUUAAAAGACAGGAAUUGAUUAGUGAAAGUAAGGAAAUAGAAAUGAUUGGUCAUCUUCACGGUGACAUUUUUAACCAAGAUAAAUUUUUAAUUAAUGGUGUUGAAAUGAGUGUUAAAUUGGUUCGAUCAAGAGAGAGUUUUAAUUUAAUUGUUGGGUCAAACGAUGUAAAGUUUAAAGUUUGCAUUACGGACGCAACUCUUAUUGUUCGACGAGCACGAAUUAAUCCAAGUGUAUUACUCGCACAUCAAAAAGUUUUAGCUUCUACCACUGCUAAAUAUCCUAUUACUCGAGCUGAAGUAAAAGUUUUAACAAUUCCUUCCGGUGUUCAAGGAAAAACUCUUGAUAAUAUAUUUUUAGGACAGGUACCGAAAAGAUGUAUAAUUGGAUUUGUGAACAAUUCUGCAUUUAAUGGUUCCCUUACUAAAAAUCCAUUUAACUUUGAAAACUAUGGUAUUAAUUCUUUCUGCUUAUAUAUUGAUGGUCAACAAAUACCUUCAAAAGCUUUGCAACCAUCUUUUAAUAAUAGCAUAUUUACAUCAGCAUAUCAUACUCUAUUCUCGGGAACUGGUAUUCACUUUCUUAAUGAAGGAAAUGGAAUCUCUUGUGAACAGUAUGGCAAAGGUUACUGUCUAUUAGCAUUUGACUUAACUCCUGAUUUAUCAGCUAACUCAUCAACUCAUUGGAAUCUCAUAAAGCAUGGUAGUGUAAGAAUAGAAGUACGAUUUGAAUCCUCAUUAAUACAAACAAUUAACUGUAUAGUUUAUGCUGAGUUUGAUAAUAUUAUUGAGAUAGAUAAAAACAGAAAUGUUACUGUAGACUAUAGUAGUUAA